AUGUAUAACCAAUUUCAUAAAGAUUUGAUUGAUCAAUACAAAAUAACUUGCAAUAAAUUGAAGAAAAUUCAAAAUGUGUUAUUCAAGCAGUUUGGUCCGGAUGUUACCGUGGUGGCAAACGAAUUUAGCACAUUGGCCACCAAUUUUAACAACUCACUUCUUCCGGAUUAUGCUGCUUUGUGUUUUAUGGCACAAGCACAAUGCGAAAAACUAAUCGGCAAUGAUGCUGCUGAAGUGGAUGUUUUACUCAAGGCGGCACGCGCUUUCCGGAAGGCACACGAAAAGCGACUGCAUGUUGGAUCGAAUGGCAACAAUAGUGAUUGUUUAGAGGGAGCGUUUCGUUGCUACACUCAUGUCCUUUCACGUUUGCCGGAGGAAUCCGUAACCAAGGCGGCUAUAAUUCGUGAAUUGAGGGAAAUAAAUCCAAAUGCUGAAAUUACAAGCAAUUUUUGCUCACCAAGUCAUAGAAUAUGGGAUCUUGAGCAGUCCGCAGAGCAUAGUAUAAAAACAGCAGACUUUGUGGCAGCUUUUGAAAAAUUAUCUGAAAUUUACGACGAUAUAACAGAACGGAAAUGUGCAGAACUUUACCCGGAUGUAAUGAAAAGGGUGGAAAUAAGCAGAUUAUUGCUCCUCUGUUUGCUUCAGCUGCCUCCAUCGGUUCGAUAUGACCACAAGUUUAUCGAACGAUACUCUACUAUUGGGGAUUGCGAUACGACUAGCGCUCAAAUUGGCAAUGGAUUUAUUUCCGAAGAGCUGUUUUUCUUGUUGCAAUCAUUGGUAGUUUCCUGCCAGGCCAAGGAUGUAAUUUCUCUGGUUGCAGUACGAGAUGAGUUAAGUCAUUGUAAAGAAUUAACUAAUUCGCAACAAUUGCUUCUUAAGCAACUCAUCUCAAAGUAUUCUAAAUGAUAUUAGGUGUUUAUCGCAUGCACUAAAAGUUAUGGAUGUAUAAAAAUAUUAUAGUUAAUUGUAUUAAAAAUGAAUGUGCAACGUACUCGAAUUAAUCAUAUGUGAGAAUUCUGCACGAAAAUAAAACCUGUGUUAAGCAAAGUCAUUUGGCA